CACACACACUCACACACUCACUCGCUCUCCCACCACACCGUAGCUUCCACCGAGGCACACUUCCUACAGGGACUUUCCACCCCUCUCCCCCCACGCCUCUCCCCGUCCCUCUUCCGGGCGAGGAGGAGGAGAGAGAGAGAGAGAGAGUGAGAGAGUGAGAGAGAGUGUGCGCCGCAGUGUCCACUUUCGAGGUUACAACAAAACCGCAAGAUUUUUUGAGAAAUAAUACAGUGAACUACAUUUUGCGGAAGUGCAUGUGUGUGUGUGUGUGUGUGUGUGUGUGUGUGUGUGUGUGUGUGUGUGUGUGUCCUCCACGUCCACGCUGCCUGUGUCCGUGUGACCGUGUGUCCGUUCGUCCCUCCCUCACUGCCUCGCUGCUACAGUGAACCAGUAACUCACUCACGCUUCUGCAGGGACUGUGAGAAGGAGGGCGUGUGGGUAGCGUGCAUGCGUGUGUGUGCCGCAGCGCCCUUGCAGGAGAAGUGUCGGCGUGUGCAGUGUGCGACUGUGUGAUAGUGUGACAGUGCCGCCGAACAGAUGCACUGGGUAUGCAGCGGUGACGGGACAAAUUUAAAGGUACAGUGAGAUGAGCACAGUGACUGACGUGAUAAGGUGCCGUAAGACCGAAGUAGCGAAAGAAAACGGUGAUCAAGUGCCAGGAAAGGAGUGAAAAGGUGCCACAAGACUCCAAAGGUGCCAGGAAAUAGAUAAAGCUCACUCAAAUCGUGGUUAAAAGUGCAGCAUGAACUAACAAGAGCCGCGAAAAGGAGAGAAACGUGCUGAGACAAAAACAACAACAGGUGAUCGUGGUGAAAAGUCUAAUAAACAGUAAUUGUACCAGAAAACACGUGAACAAGGGUACCACAACAGCCCAGAGGUACUAAAAGGAAUAAAAAGGUAAAUAAAGGUGCCACAGACCCACAUAGGUACCCAAAAACAUAUACAAAGACUCCACGAUCAUAAUAAAACGUGAACAAAGGUGUUAAAAACGGAAAAAAAGGUAAAUUAAGGUACCACAGACCGAUAUAGGUACCAAAAAACAUAUACAAAAGGUGAAAGACAAAAAAUAGCAAAGGGAAAAGAUUCCACAACGAUAAUAAGACAAAGUUAAGAGUGUUAGAGACCCCAAAGAGACAGCCAAAAUGACGUUCCACCCAGCUGUGUUCAACCUAACAGUGGUGGACCCGUCUCUGUACCCAGGGCUGCACGGAGGACAGCACCCAUUCUUCCAGGCACCACAACAGCCCCAAAACCCACACCUACCACCACACCUCCCCAAUCGAGUCCCAGGAGCAGCCCCGGGACUCCCAAGCCAGCAUCUAGAGGGAGGGGCUGAGGACACACAUUUUCAGACCUUCGUCCACUCCCUCCCGUCUGAGCUCCAGGGCCCCAUUGCCUUCAGAAAUGACACGAGACAGGCUCCCUUCGCCAAGCCACGCCCUGUCAUACCUCGCCUCGCUAUUCCAGCCAUCAGUAAUUCUACCUUCGUGCAGUUACCUGUACUAUGGACGGCUCUGAGUCUGGCCCUGGGGGUGGAGGUUCAGGGGGAGGUGAUCAGAGGCCUGCCCUGCAUCAAGAGACUCAACCAGCUCUUCUGCAGGACCCCAGGAACUCCUACCCCUCGUAAAGACAAGAUCGAGCGGUUUAUUGAGGACAACAAGGCGUUAAUGAGGAGAAUGUAUGGCAGUUUCUUUGAUAACAUACAAGAGAUACUCGAACCCCAGCAGCAGCGACGGUUCCUGAGCCGCCCUGGUCGCUCCGUCAGGGAAGAUGAAGCCUUUGCAGAUGAGAUUCCAGAGAUCCACAAGGAAUACCACCCAGACGACCCACGCGGACAGUCCUUCUUCAACCUCAUCAGGAGAAAACGACAGUCAUUCCCAGGCGACGCUAACUCCAAUUCUGACAGGGUGGAUUCCUGUGAGAGCAAGGUGGAGAUCGUCACCCCCUACUGGGCCAACAACUCUGCUGGGAAGAUCCGAGCCAUAGUGAACACCAAUGAAUUCUCUCAAGCAAUACACCAGGAAGUCUGCGCCAAGCAGAGUACCAAGCGGUGCGGCGGAGACUGUGGCUGUGAGCAGAAGUAUAAGUGGCACCGUCUGCUUGCUUAUGACCCUGACAACGACUGCAGUGGAAUCUUUAUGGACUGGUUCCUCUUCCCGUCCUGCUGUUCCUGCCGGUGUAACCCCCUCUAGACCACCCCUCAGAGGACUCCCACACCCUUCUUCGUGUUCCCUGGGCGCUUUAUGGCCUCCUGUAUAGCCCCUGUCUGACCCAUUGUUGUAUUUGUAAUCUCAUAUCGCGUUUUCUUUGGGUUUGUUUUAGUUCGGGGUCUGUUUCAUGUGCGAGUUCGUUUUCUAUAUCUUGAUUGUGUCCUAUAUCCUUCUUCGUGUCCCCCAGGCGUCUUAUGACCCCUUGUAUUUCCCUUUUCUAACUCAUAAUCGUCUCUGUAACUUCCAUAUUUCAUUAUCCUGGUUUUAUUAUAGUUAGGGAUCCGUGUUAUGUUCAAGUCUCCGUUUUCUUCGUCUCCUUUGCAUCUUUACCAUCUUCUAUACCCUUCUUCUUGUUCCUAGGCGCUUUAUGACCACCCUAUAUGCCUCUCAACUGACCCUUACCUCUCUUGUCAUUUCCCUAGUUUUCUUUAGUCAGGGGUCAUUAUUGUGUAAGAAUCUCCGUUUUCUAUGUCUUCCCUUACAUUUGGAGUCUUUUUUUCUAUCUCAUGGCUGUCUCUUGGCCUCUCGACCCCUUCUGGUGACUCAAGGCUGCCUACUGACCUCCCUGUUAUGUCAUCUCGGCUCUUAUUUGCUAGUGAGGCUGAGGAAGGAAAGAAUUGCAUGUCUUCACUCUGAUAAACCCAGAAAUGUGUUUUUAACCCCUUCAGUACUGCAACACAUUUUGACCUUAAGAUUUGUGUACGAUUAGACAACUUUAUUGACAUUAGGAAGGGUCAAUGGAGGUCAGAAGAUUAAUGGCAGCAGUCUUCACUAUUUUAAUCCCCCACGUGAGUUUCUGAAGCUGUAUGAAAUCACCAAAUAGUUACCAGAGUGAAUAUGGAGACACGUCGUGGUAUUUAAGGGGGUAACCAAAGCAUUUUAUCUCUUUUCCUCCUCCUCCUCUUACUCUUCCUCCUCCUCCUUCUUCGUCGCCUUCUACAGGUAUACCAAAAUAUUACUUAAACCAGCUAAAAA